AUCCAUUGAAAUGAAUGAACAUUGGUAACAAGGGUCCGUUAAUUCCAGUGAGUCUAUUCUGAACAAAAAUCAGUUGGCUGCAAUCCUUGGCGGGCACAAAGACUUUUGUGGUGGCAUUUUUUCAAAAAUAAAAAUAAAAUUGGGUUGUGUUUAAUGUGGACAUAGUUCUUCAUGGGGUUUUAAAAACUAAAUUAAUUUUUUGAACAAGGACAAGCACAGCUCCUCAUAGAAUACUCCGCAGUUUUAUUUUUAUUUUUUGCAACGUAACCUUGAGGCGUACCCAAGAACAGACCACCGGAUUUUCUGGCAACUUGCUUUGCUUCUUCAAAAAUAUGUUUGAGGGGAAACCCCAAAACAGGAUGGAGUGUGUGGUUGGCUUCUGUUUACUGUCCGGUUACCUGCUCUAAGCAGUUGAUAGUUCAGUUGCUCAUCCUGCCCUGAUAGACCUCCUUGCCAAAGUUGCUCUGUUCGAAGCUAAACCUGUUCUUGAGUGUUUCAGAAUUGGUUUGCAAGCGACCUUGACCGCGUGUCACAAAAAGGCACCUUGCGUUAGCCGGUUCACUUCUAAGUAGUAUCAACAGGUGCUAGAUUUGGCUAAACUGCAGCCGACCCAUUGCGCUCUGGGGCGGAUUUGACAGGUAUAGGACUCCCCACCCUCCACCCCCAUUCAUUCACAAAAUGUUCCCGUCCAGUUGUCUGACUUUCAGACAGUUUUGCGUCAGAUUCCAACCCCCCGAAUCACUUGGGGCAAGCGGCUGUUAACGUGGCGAGAUAUGGCGAUAGCUUGUGUACCCAUAACAAACAUGCUGAGAGGUUUUUAAAUGACUGGAUGUUGACUGUAACCAACAUUAGUGCGCUUCUCUUUUUCUCUCUCCAACCCCCCACCCCAUAGCGAGAUUUAGCUAGGCAGGAAGCAAUGCGGGCGUCUUGCAUUCGUCUGCAUUGCAACAGUAUACCUCUUAUGCAAAAUACCAAAGGAGACAGGAAACUUUGCUUCGCUCGGCUGUCUCAGCGCUUUGCUGAUACUUCCAGUCCCCGGCUUUUCCCUGCCUGCGGUUGCGUUUUCUCCCCACUGCUGGUAGUGAAAGCAGAGGCUGUGCGUGGACAAAGAGAGAGGAGAGGACUAGAAGAGUGUGCUUCUACAGGGUGAUGCCCAUUUGAGCUGCCACCAUGUCUAUGUACCUGAAGCAUUUCACCGUGGUGGGGGAUGAUCCUGCUCAGUGGAACAAUGACUACAGGAAAUGGGAGGAAGAGGAGAUGGAAGAGGAAGCAAAGACCCCUGAGACUGCCGUCAAAAUCGACUCUUCCCCCAGGACCCCAACCUUCCGGGAGGUGAUGAAGAAGUUGUUCCAGUCACACAAAUUUCAGAUCUUAGUUGUCUGCCUGGUUAUUUUGGACGCCAUACUGGUCCUCGGGGAACUGCUUUUGGACUUGAAAAUCAUCCACCCUGACAAACACGAGAUUGCACCCAAGGUGUUCCACUACCUGAGCCUUAGCAUCCUCACCCUCUUUCUGGUGGAAAUUUUCUUCAAACUCUUCGUCUACCGGUUGGAGUUCUUCCAUCACAAGUUUGAGGUCCUGGAUGCCAUCGUUGUCAUCAUCUCAUUCGUUCUUGACAUUGUCCUUCUCUUCCGGGAGCAUGAGUUUGAAGCACUUGGAUUACUGAUCCUUCUUAGACUGUGGAGAGUGGCCAGGAUUAUAAAUGGAAUCAUCUUGUCAGUGAAAACACGGUCUGAGCAGCAGGUGUCCAAGCUGAAGCAAGCCAACCUGCAACUCACCCUAAAGGUCCAGGAGAUGGAAGCUAGCUGUGCAGAGAAGGAACUGGAAAUCGAAAGACUUAAUGCUGUGUUGAAGCAACAUGGACUUGUCGGCCAGUCCAGAUAAGGUGCCAUCCUGGGGCCCAACGGAGCCAGUGCCGCCACGGAGAAGCUAAUUUUGUUUCCAUACUGUGCCAUUUUGAACUACUCUUUUGUACAUUCCCUUCCAUGCCUAGAACAACCUUCUAUCCCUCUUGCUUGUUAAGACUCAAGUGUUGAAAAAGAAAAUAAUAUCCACAUAUCUGAAAACCAAUUAUUACAAUCUUUAAUUGUACAGCUGUACAGUUUUUAAAAAAUAGCAAAAAUAAUUUAAUAAAAGUCAAAUCUGUGA